AUGCAUAGUCCAGACUCUCAGACUAGGAGUGGUGAUGCUGACAGACUUUCAAAGAGAAAACCGGCUUCACCAUCAAAUCACAGGCGUAACUUUACCGUUCAAAUUAAUGGUCGACGAACCAUUGUGCCAACAAGCCGGAACGAUUAUCAACGUACUAGAGAGAAUCGAUCAUCUAAUCGUGAUUCUGCUAUCAGAGACAGAUAUGAUCGGCCAGUGACGCAUAAAUACCGUCUGCCUUAUGUGGAGAACGUAAGUAAAAAGCAUCCUUUGCCGCGUAGACCAUUUAAUCAAGCUAAGAAUCUAGUAGGUAGUGGUCCCAUGCAGAUGAAGCGAGAAUUCGCCUCUAGGCGUGAAGUGCCUAGUGGUCGCUUCAGUUCACAUUGUGAUGUGAAUGCAAGAGCAGGUGGUCCACGAGCGGAGCUAGUGGAUAAGAGACCUGCAAGAUUGGCGUAUGAACGACAGUCAAAACAAUCUGAGGAAUACUAUUUUAAUCCCAGUCGUACAUCCUCCGGUUAUUCUUCAAAUUCAAAACCAUGUUAUCCUAGCUAUUCCAAAGCCGUAUGCAGGAAGUUUGAUCAACGCAAUCGUAAAUAUACUUAA